AUGGACUACCUUCUAGAAGAGAUAGAGCAGGACCCAUCGCGGUUAAAGCCGCAGAAGAGAAGAAAAACGUUCCUUGCUUUGGAUCGCGAAGAGGAAGAAGGCGACAGCUCUCAUCUAGAUACUGUGAAGGAUUUGAAGAUGUAUGCCAACUCGUUGGUGAUGAGCCGAAAAAGGUUGAAACAACAGGUGCUACCGGUUUACGUACCGGUUUAUAACGAAGAAGGAAAGCUGGUCAAUCCCGGUACGGGGUAUUUGUUCCAACUCUACGACCGCAUUUACGUUCGAAAUCCUCACUACAAUCCCGAUUAUCGAGCAUCGAAGAGCAGAAGUCACAUAGCUCGCUAUUAUCGGGGUAUUAUCGUCGAUAUAGACACGAUUGAUGGAUCAAUGUAUAAGGUGUUAUACUGGGAGGAUGACCCACAUGAUGUUGAUGCUAUGAGUCCGUCAGAAUGGCCGGCCGCUGAUGACAGUAGGCUUUUUAGACUCGGAAUUCUGUACGAAUAUACGGACAACCGGCGAAGAACCAUUGAUAUGCGAUGUCGAUGUGAGAGUCCAAGUUGUGCAGGGUUCGCGCACAUGAAAUGCCAGAGAAAGUUCUCUACCGAGUGUUGUCUGAAGAGUCCAUACGAUUGCGCUUUUCACAAGCAAGAUGAUCGCCAUCAGGAGGAAGAAGAUUCGCCUAUACCUGGCGAUAACUCAGCACUGUUCACAUUCUCAGUUCAUGUUCCAGCAUCGUCAGUCAAGAGCUGCCGAGAUGUGUGGACCAUCCGGUUUUCCUAUCAAAUUGGACACUUAUACUGCAGAGGCCGAUUCUUCGCCAAAAUCAAUCCUCUAGAGGGCAGAGACGGCCUCGUAUUCCGUAUUCCGCAAAUUCAGCUCCUGCUGCGCCAGAAAAGCGAUAUACAUUCCGGUAGGGAUGGAGUAUUGGUGGAAAUAUCGUCGGCCAGCGAAUUGGAAGGCCAACCACGUCGAGGAGCGCCACCAGUAACGAGGAAACGUAGACUUCCAGCAACUGACGAGGCAGCUGCUUUACAAUCGCCAUCGACCCGUACGGGGCGGGAGUGGCCUGCGAUUCCGACAUCAACUGGAAGAACAGAUUCAGUCGCUACUACAUCUGAUGACGGUGGUCACGUUCAGUUCGUCAGUCCUGAUCCGGAGUCCAUGCAUUCUCCUACACCAAGUCCCACCCCAUCGGCAUGCUAUGAAGUUGAAAUUAGCCCGGAUGACACACAUCAGCGGCGCAGUCCAUCACACCUGAAGGAAGCUCUUGGCACACCUCGUUUGCAAGAUCAAGACAGAGGGCAAAGCGCGAAUGGGAUUAGCGGGGACAUUCCCGAGAUGUCACUUCGACCACGUGUUGUACCUUCACGAGAUCAUCCUUACGAAAGAACAACGAAAACGAGUAGACCCUCCCAGCCCAACAACGACUACAUUGGUGGUGGACUCAAUGGCAAAGAGGCUAGAAAAGCGGGUCGCAGCAGCAGAACGACGGUCCUUACUCGGCCAGAGCAGUCUCAGGAUCGAAUGAAGGAACUCCAACAUCAGCUUCAGAUGGAUCGAAAUCUACCUAUAGAUUGGCAGCGGUUCCGAGAUCCGCAUCGCACGUCCCAUCCGUUCGAUGCUGAAUUAAUGGCGGUUGGGUUUUUUGACUCGUUGUUUUGGUUUGAAGGAGAUUCUUCCCGCAAGUAA